CUCUUGCUCACAGUCCAUGAUGGCUUGGUCCUCAGUGAUCUUUGGUGUCAUCAUCUUGCUGUUUGCCUUCCCAGGGCCUACUGUUGGGGGCCGCCCCAUGCCCAAACUGGCUGAUCGGAAGCUGUGUGCUGAUGAGGAAUGCAGCCACCCCAUCUCCAUGGCUGUGGCCCUUCAGGACUACGUGGCCCCUGACUGCCGCUUCCUGACCAUAUACAGGGGCCAAGUGGUGUAUGUCUUCUCCAAGCUGAAGGGCCGUGGGCGGCUCUUCUGGGGAGGCAGCGUUCAGGGAGAUUACUAUGAAGACCUGGCGGCUCGCCUGGGCUAUUUCCCUAGUAGCAUUGUCCGUGAGGACCAGACUCUGAAACCUGGCAAAAUCGACGUCAAGACAGACAAAUGGGAUUUCUACUGCCAGUGAGCUCAGCCUACCGCUGCCCCUGCUGUCUUCCCUCCCUGACUUGAUGCAAAUACAUCGGCUGAGUGCAAAC